AUGGUGUCAUCGAAGGGGAGGAAGGACAUGCCCCAGCUGGGGGGCUACAGCCCUAUCGACUACAAGCGGAACCUUCCACGUUGGGGGCUGUCGGGCUACAGCAUGGUCGCCAUGGGCAUCGGGACCUUGCUCUUUGUGUACUGGAGCAUGAUGAAGUGGAACUGCGAACGCAGGCGCCUGCAGAUCCAAAAGUUCGAGGCCCGCAUUGCGCUGAUGCCUCUGUUGCAGGCAGAGAAGGACCGGAAGCUUCUCCAGAUACUUCGGGAGAACUUGGAGGAGGAGGCGAUCAUCGUGAAGGGCGUGCCAGAUGGGAAGGUAGGUGAGUCCGUGUUCCACACAACGUGCUGGGUGACCCCCAUGCUGGGCAAGCUCUACGGGCUGUGCAUGUGCACAAACGAGGAGGUUCUCAACGCCACCUCCGGCUUCAAGCAGUACACCUAG